AUGGAUACGAUGACAGUGUUGAAUGAACUUCGGGCUCAGUUUCUGCGAGUAUGCCCGGAGAAAGAUCAGAUGAAAAGAAUAAUAAAACCAUACAUUCCUAUCGAUGAAUUCAAUACAGAGCAGUGGUUAGAUCCUUCUAUUCGUGAACUGUAUACAAACUCACACGGAGUAAGCCUUUUGCCUGAGCUAGAAUCUCCACCGAUAUCUAAGGAUUUCAUGGAGAACUAUGCUUCGUUAGGGAAAAUGAGGAUAAUGAGAGAGAAUGAAGGACAAAAAGGGAACACUAACCAGAACUUGAUACGAACAGAGAAGGCUGAGGAAAAUGAGGAAGAAAAACGGAAUCAGCAGGACAAAAGUGCUAAAAACACUCUGAUAGUAGAAGAUAACGGAACACUUCGCUAUAAUCCACUAAAUUCGCCUAUUUCGGAUUCUCUCUUAAUUGGUGAUGACCAUACUAGUGGAAAAAAUCAGAAGACGUCCUCAAAGGAAGAUUUGUAUUUAAAUAGCUCGAUAGAAUUACAAAAGAAAUCUAGCAAGAGAUCAUCCCUUCCUUUUGUAAGGAUAUUCAAAAGUCGAAGGGACCACUCGAACACUUCUGGAAAUAAGAAUACUAUCAGCACAGCUGCUACAAGAACAAAAACACCAAAUUUGCAUCCAACUGGUGCACGUCACAAUAAGAAAGGCAGUAAGUUUGAUAUGAAUUUUGACUUCGAUGAAAACUUAGAAGAGGAGGAUGACGAUGACGAUGACGACGAGGAAGGUGACGAUAUACAUUCACAAUUUUUUCAAUUAGAUAAUGAAUUUGAUGCGGAAAGUUCUGGAGCCAGUUCAUUCCAAAAAGGCUCCAAUGGCAUAUUAAAUAAUAAGAACAACACCUCCUACACAAAUAACAGAAAUAGCAUCAGUAUUCUCGAUGAUCGAGAAAGUUCAAAUGGAAAUUUGGGAAGCGUUACAAGGUUAAAACCACAUUUUCCAACAAGCCAAAAGGGAAAGAAUUUUCUAGUGGAGAGCAAAAACGAUGGACAAAAACCAGAUUCGUUGAACGUCAAUAAAAGUGUAAAUGGAGAGGGAGGCAGCACCGGCGGAAAUGCAUCUAUCGGUAGGGAUGGUUUAACGGAAACGGAAAGUAACAAUAUUUCUGAUAUGGAGUCAUACAUAAACGAGAAAGACUUAGAUGAUUUGAACUUUGAUACAGUGACCUCUAACAUCAACAAAACUGUUUCAGAUUUGGGAGGACAUGAAUCGGUGAUUGAUGGAACAGCAGACACAAACCGGGAUUCUAGCAGUCAUGUUAAUGAUGAUGAAUUUAGUGCUCAAAAUCACGAUCGAAUCACCCCUGGUUCAUCAUAUGGGAAGUCUCUUUUAGGGUCUGAAUACUCCGAAGAACACUACUUGAAUAAUGGAUCAUCGACUAUGGAAAGCGGUGAAAUGUCUAUUGAUUCAGACAUACAAACUAAUACUAUACCUUCUCAUUCCAUACCGAUGUCGAUGCAAAAAUACGGCAUUUAUCAUGGUGACGAUGACUCUACUUUGAACAACGUCUUUGAUAAGGCUGUACUAACUAUGAACUCAUCGCGGCACCCCAAGGAAAGGCGUGAUACUGCUAUAUCUGCAAAAGAGCCAACAUCCUUUGCCAGUUCUAAUAGAAAAUUGUCUGUUAGCUCGAAUUUAACAUCGACAAGAUCUCCCCUUUUUCGAGGACAUGGGAGAACUUCAUCAACAGUAAGUAGUGAACAUAUGAAAGUCCCGAAGUUCUCUGACGGUGUUUCACAUAGAGCAAGAAAAAGUACACUGUCAUUGAAGCAAGAUCAUACUCAAUCCAAUGUUUCCUCAAAUGCUCAUAAGAGCUCAAAAGAGGGGAACAUUCUUAUUGAGAAAAGUACUGAUUAUUUAGAGUUCAAACCUAAAACAUCGCAGUUGUCAAAUAUGUUCAACAAAAAGAAAAAAAUAACCAAUACUAAUUCUGUAGAUGUAUUGGAGUAUUUUUCCUUUGUAUGCGGUGAUAAAGUGCCAAAUUAUGAAUCAAUGGGUCUCGAAAUAUAUAUACAAGCUUCAAAGAAAUAUAAAAGACACUCAUUUACGACAAAAGUCCGAAAAUCUUCCACCAUCUUCGAAGUAAUUGGUUUUGCUUUGUUUCUGUAUUCCACUGAAAAAAAACCCAAUAGUUUUGAAGAAGAUGGAUUGACAGUGGAAGACAUCUCUAAUCCGAAUAAUUUCGCCUUGAAGAUUGUUGAUGAAGAUGGUGAACCAUUUGAGGAUAACUUUGGUAAACUUGAUAGAAAGAGCACUAUACAAUCAAUUUCGGACAGCGAAGUUGUGCUAUGUAAGGUCGAUAAUGCCGAGAAAACCCGAAAUGAAAAUGAAACACCUUUACCAUUUGAUAUUGGUGGUAGCCUAAUGGAUGCUUCGGCAAUUGAUGCUAACAGUAAUAACGAUACAACUGAAGGCACUAUCAAUCAACUGAGUUUCUACAAACCUAUAAUAGGUAAUGAAGACGACACAGAUAAGGCCAAUGGUUCAAAGAUCAUUGACGUAACAGUGUUUUUAUAUCCUAACGUGAAUCCCAAAUUUAAUUAUACCACCAUUAGCGUUUUAGUGACCUCACGCGUCAAUGACAUUUUGGUUAAAUAUUGUAAAAUGAAGAAUAUGGAUCCUAAUGAGUAUGCUUUGAAAGUACUGGGUAAGAACUAUAUACUAGAUUUGAAUGAUACAGUAUUAAGGCUCGAUGGAAUUAAUAAGGUGGAACUUAUCUCUAAAAAGGAUGCAAGAGAGCUGCAUUUGGAAAAGAUGAAGCCGGACCUAAAGAAGCCCGUUUUGCCAACGAUCCAAAGUAAUGAUUUAACUCCGUUGACUUUGGAACCUCUGAACUCAUAUCUGAAAGCGGAUGCUGGAGGAGCUGUUGCUGCCGUUCCUGAAAACGCAAAACUGACAUCUAAGGCUAAGAAGAUUUCCGCAAAGUAUAAGCUUAGUUUAGCAAAACAACACUCAUCCUCAAGUGUUGCUAGUGGGAAUGGUUCAAUUACUGGAGGCCUAGCAAAUGGAAAUGGGUUUUUCAAGAACAAGAAUUCAUCGAAAUCCUCUUUGCAUGGGACAUUACAGUUUCAUAAUUUAAACCGUUCACAGAGCACGAUGGAGCAUACCCCGGACACCCCCAGUGGGGUUGGUGAUAACUUUCAAGAUCUCUUCACCGGAGCUUAUCAUAAAUACAAAGUAUGGAGAAGGCAACAAAUGUCAUUCAUAAACAAGCAUGAAAGAACGCUGGCCAUUGACGGCGAUUACAUAUACAUCGUACCUCCAGAGGGACGUAUGCAUUGGCAUGAUAAUGUAAAGACCAAGUCACUACAUAUCAGCCAAGUGGUUCUUGUCAAAAAAUCUAAAAGAGUUCCAGAGCAUUUCAAAAUUUUCGUAAGAAGAGAGGGGCAAGACGACAUCAAAAGAUACUACUUCGAAGCGGUUUCGAAUCAAGAGUGUACUGAAAUUGUGACUCGGUUACAAAACUUGUUAAGUGCAUAUAGAAUGAACCACAAAUAA